GUCCAGUGGAGAUGGUGAAGAUGACAAAGUCCAAAACUUUCCAAGCCUACCUGCCAAAUUGCCAUCGAACGUACAGCUGUGUCCACUGCAGAGCCCAUCUGGCCAAUCACGACGAGCUGAUCUCCAAGUCCUUUCAGGGGAGUCAGGGCCGAGCCUACCUCUUCAAUUCUGUGGUGAAUGUGGGUUGCGGCCCCGCGGAGGAGCGGGUCCUUCUCACCGGCCUGCACGCCGUGGCGGACAUCUACUGCGAGAACUGCAAGACCACACUUGGAUGGAAAUAUGAACAUGCCUUUGAAAGCAGUCAGAAAUAUAAGGAAGGAAAAUUUAUCAUUGAGCUUGCUCACAUGAUCAAAGACAAUGGUUGGGAGUAAAGUGGAAACUUCCUGUUCUCUUUUGAAUCCUAUUUUCUGAAAGACGGUAAAUGCAAUGGGAACCUCUGGGUGACAAUAUUUCUUGACCUUGAGCCUCGAAGGCUGGCCUCUAUGGCCCAUCCUGUGGGUAAGGUGUCCCUCCCGUCUGUGUCCUCUUCACGUACACAGUUGUUUCUGAGAUGUUUCAAUGACUUUUUUUUUUUUUUAACUUCUCAAGAUCAAGCGAAAGACUUAACUGACUGAUGACUUGCCCAUCUAGUUAAUACCUUCUUUUAACCAAUGCCUUUAUGGUAGUGUCUGGCCAUGCUCUUUCAUACUCAUAGAAGACCAAACCCCACCUCCAGAGACCACAGGCAGGGUAGCUUCAGAGGGCCAGUCUCCCCUCUUGUUUGGGGUGAAGGUAUGAGAGCCACUCCCUCCCCAAUUCGCAGGACACAUGGGUUGUUCCUCUGACAGAUGACCUGUGAGGGCCGUGCUGACUUAGGAUUCUUCUGGAAGCAGUCUAUGAAUCUAUACACCAAGGGUGUUUUUUAGGAGGACACCACUGAUAGCAUUUUAGAUAAGCUAUAAAUAGAGAAAUGUGUCUAAUGGAUCAUCUUGUUUAUUGAAGCCACUGGCUCCUUAAUCUAGAAAGUGAGCGAAGGAGUCAUUAGCAAAGUUGGAUCCUGACAGGCUCCACUGGGGACUCCAUGUGGGGCACUGAGCAGCUGGCUGGUCCGUGGCUUACAGUUUAAAGCACUGGACCAAGUAAAAUUGGAUUUCCUUUCCUGCUCCGAUGUACUUGAAGAUUUUUUUUUUUUUUUUGCAUAUGAAAGAGGCCAAAACAGGGCAAACUCACAAACUUAAGAUUUGCCAGUUUGUUUGAAAAGUUUUUCAGAAAAGGAUAAGUUGCAAGAUAGGUUUAAGCUCUGAAGACAUUUUGUCCCGUCAGCUGACAGAUGGGGUCCAGCAGCCUCCCAAGUCCUGCAUUUUUGCCUCACAUUCAAGUUCCGACCCACCCAUGCCUCAGCAGGGCGUGGGCACUGCACAGGGGUUUUGGCAUUUUGCAGAGAAGGGAGGCCAAAAAGCAUUCCUAAUUUUGGUUUUCAGUGUCAACCUGGCCCGCCACUCCUGGCGUCUUGCGGUCUUCAGUGUCAUCACUGUGGCAUGAGACCCUGGGACCCCAGGCCAAGGGACAGGAAGAGCCAGGGACAGGGAAAAAGGAGGGCAGCGGGCCAGCUCUGAAGCUCCCUUAGACAAAGCUGGUCCCAUGGCCACAAGCUGGAGCUAGCUGGGGAUGGAGCAGGCACUGUCAACCGGUCAGAAGAGGCCCCUCCCCGACCCCAGCCUACCCUGGGCCCCGAGUCCCCGCUGGUACAUCAGGAUCCUGGGGGUCUGGCCCAGCCACUCACCUAGGCUUCCCUUUGGCACUCCAUCUACGACUCGCAGCCUGGCUGUCCUGAGAGCAGGGUUGUCCACGCUGUGCCCAGCAGGCCUGGAUGCAUUUCGAGGUGCCGAGGAAGUGCUCAGCCCAGCUCAGGCCUCCAGCUGCAGGUGCUCUGCUGCCCUGUGAGCUGGGCCCUGUCACCCAGGAGGCUUCAGAUCUAGGGCCCCAGGAAACAGCAGCCACCCUCAGCCUGGUCCUCAGUGAACCCUUGAAGGCCUGGCCUGCACCUGUCUGGAGGAGUGAAUACGAGUCUCUGAGCUGGUGUCUCCCUUCUCGCUGGGCUCCUCCCUGAGCCUUGGCCCGUGGCCAGCAUGCUCCCCCGAGAGAUACUCUCAGACCCCGAGGAAUCUCCAGUUCCUCUGCCCGAUCUCUGUACAUACUCAAUUUAGCUUUAUAGCUUUUGUAUGUUCUGGGCACAGUCACUGCUCCUCUGACUUGAGCACUUUGGUUUUGUACCAUCUCGGUGGUGGCACUGAAGCAUUUCUAUCAGUGGUCCAUGGUUACUUUUGUGUUCUCAUAAUUGACACCAACAGAAACUCUUACCACUUUUUUUGUUGAUCUUCUGCAAAAUCCGAGCUCCACUUGAAACCAAAUGAAUUGACCGUGAGCAGGCUUCCAGGAAGGGUACUCAUGAGACCACAGCCAGAUGUGCUAGCAAAGUGCUGGGAUGUUCCACCCUCUUAAAUUCCUAAAUGGUAAAUACUACCCCAUGGCUUUUAUUUAAAUUAUUUAAGAUAUUUUUUCCUUGAAAAGAGUGGGAGGUGAUGCCAGGAUUAUAAAUGCAUUUGUUACACUAUGUAGUGUCCUCUGCACAGUACAUCUGCUUUAGAAAUGUGACUUAGUUCUGUUGCUGUUUUAUACAAUAUAUAUAUAGUAUUUUUAUACUUUAACACUUACUCUUGAUGGCAUCUGUCAGAUAUAUUAGAAAGGAUCAGAAAUGGGAAUUUUUUCAAAAGUCCUUUAAUUUACCUGAUGACCUCACCAGGGACUUAAAAAAUCUGAGCAUUUUCAGUAUCUAGAAAACUAAUUUCAGUUAUACACCAACCUACAGAAAUGUAAAGGCAAAGGCUCUGGGCAGGCCUGUCCUCCCACUGUGAGCAGCACUAUGGGCCUGCUGCCCAGGGGGGCCGGCCUUCCCUCAGGGCAGGUGGGCACAGCCGCUGGACAGAUGGAGGGACAGAAGCCCAGGCCAGCCAGAAGGCUUGCCCGCCGAGCGGGUCUGUGGAGCCCAUGCGAAAAGCUGCCCUCGUCCCAUGUCCAGCCCCCUGUCAUCUGUCUGUGAGGUUCAAAAAUAAAGCUUCUGGCACCCAA